CGAUUCCUGUGCUUUGUGCAACCGCUCCAGUCUCUCCCUUCCCAUCCGACCCCCAUUUCGGGGCGCACCUCCCAAGAGCCCAUUCAUUUGCCGCCAUGACGCUCCGGGGAUCUCUCGUGGAAGAGUGCGAAGCGACGUCGCAACGUCGCCCCUUGAGACUGGAUGCCCGUGGCUCCCGGGACAGAGCCGUGGCUGAAUUCGCAAGCCAGGCGGAGAAACUGUCCCACCUCCAUCCAGCGGCUGGCCAGGACGAUGGCAUCGCCGUGGAAGCGCGGUUCGUCACGCCGCGCGAUCCCGUGGUGGUCACUUCGGAUGGCAACCGGCUGCCCCCCGUCCCGCUGCAUGAAGCGCACAGGCUGAACAUCCUGCGGAAGGAGGUGGAAGAGCACGAAGCAGCCACCGCUCCGAGUGGCGAGGGGAGCGUAGGACGCAAUGGCGAGGAAAAAGAGGCUGAUUCGGUGACUGAGCGGGUGCUCAACGCCGCGGCAGCAGACGAGGCGAGGAACGGGACAAGGAAGCCGUCUGAUGGCAGCUUGAGGGACACCAUGCCGCCCACUCAUACAAACCCCCUCUUCCCCCCGCUACCGCUCUAUGGCCCUCCAUCUCUGUUGAGGGAUGUCCAGUGUCUUGUCUUCCGAAUAUCCUCCUUCUUCCUCAGCCUGGCCUUUCUCAGCGUCAUCGUGCUCGGCGCGCUCUUCACCAGCAUUCCCCCUUCGCUACGGCGCACCUGGCUGCGGGCGACGCUCCGGAAUCCAGACCUCAACCGUCCGUUUUAUGACGAGGAAAUGGCCCGGAAGAGGCGGAGAAGAGAAAAAGAGCGCGAGUGGACGCGCCGGCAAUCUCCUUCGUCCGCGUGCGGGUCAGAAGAAGCCAGCAGCGCCGACAGCGACGGCUUUACGCCCACCGAGGGCGGCCCGGACCCGAUCGUCUGCGACCCAGCAUACUACGCCCGACGGGUGGGCCUCGAUAUGGAAACGUUUGAGGUUCAGACCGAGGACGGCUUCAUCAUCGAUCUGUGGCAUGUCUACGACCCCAGGGAAUACCAACCGCUGCCCCCCGAAGCAAGGGCACACGGCGGGCCAGAAGCCUUCAAGCCGCCCAAAAGGAGGGGGGCCCCAACCGCUACCGACCGUAGCAACAACUCCAGCGGCGGCUCGAAACCCAAAUUCCCCGUCCUGCUCAUGCAUGGCCUCCUGCAGAGCUCGGGCGCAUACUGCGUCAACGACGACGACUCGCUGGCCUUCUACCUCUGCAAGUCCGGCUUCGACGUCUGGCUGGGCAACAACCGGUGCGGCUUCCGCCCGCGGCACGCGCUGCUCGGCUACAGCGACCCGCGCAUGUGGUGCUGGAACAUCCGCCAGAUGGGCGUCUUCGACCUGCCGGCGCUCGCGUCGCGCGUGCUGUACGAGACGGGCUUCGCCAGGCUCGGCCUCAUCUGCCACUCGCAGGGCACCACGCAGGCGCUCGUCGCGCUCGCCAAGGAGCAGCGCCCGGACCUGGGCGAGAAGCUGACCGUGUUCUGCGCCCUGGCGCCCGCCGCCUACGCCGGCCCGCUGAUCGGCAAGAUGUACUUCAAGUUCAUGCGCGCCAUCACGCCGGCCAUGUUCCGCCUCAUGUUCGGCAUCCACGCCUUCAUCCCGUUCAUGAUGACCAUGCACGCGCUGCUGCACCCGCGCGUGUACGGCUGGCUCGGCUACAAGGUCUUCUCCUUCCUGUUCAACUGGACCGACAAGCGGUGGGACCGCGGGCUCAGGGACAGGAUGUUUCAGUUCGCGCCCGUCUACGUCAGCGCCGAGUCCAUGAGGUGGUGGCUGGGGCGCGAGUGCUUCGCCCGACACAAAUGCAUCCUCGCCACCAAGGAGGAGUGGAGGGCGGAGGAGCGGGAGGACAGCGACGAGCACGACCAGAGCCAGUCCGGCAUGCUGGCGGCCGCCGCCCGCGACAUGGAGCAGCGGCGGGAGGAGGUCGAGAGCUCGGAGCAGACGGCGGCGGCCGAGCCGCACAAGAAGAAGCCCCGUGGCUCGACGGCCUGGUAUAACCACCAGGCGCCGCCGUUCGCGCUGUGGGUGUGCGGGAACGACGCCCUCGUCGACGGCGACAAGCUGCUGCGCAGGUUCGAGCGCGGGCGCGAGCCGCACGUCAAGGUGGUGCACAGCAAGGUCAUACCCGAGUAUGAGCACCUGGAUGUCAUCUGGGCCAUGGACGCGCCGGAGCAGGUGUUCAGGGAGGUGCGCGAGGUGCUCUGGAAGACGUGCGAUGUGCGGGAUGCCUGCCGGGUUCCCAGGGGAUGCGGCGAGGUGGAGCCGUGGGUGCGGCCCCCGGACGUCGUGGAGGGGGAUGAGUUGCAGUCGAGCAGCAGCGAAGAGCUGUCGCCAUGAUAUUCAUUCUUCUGGACAGCGCUGGAGUGGCGGCUUGGGGGUCGGUUAAUUAAACUACCUUAAUUAAUGGGGUGGCAAAGUGACAUGUCUUUGCAGGAUAGAGAAACCCAAUUCGUCGAUUGGAUAUUUCGUCGAUUGGAGAGUGUACACUUUGGUUUUCAAAACCCUGCUCUGAAUGACACCCGAGGGCAUGGUCGUUCAAAGAAGAAGCCACUUGGUUGAACCAAAACGGGUUGACAAUCCUUCCAGAGGAAGUGCUGAUCCAAACGGGGUAUUCCGUCCAUACCAGGUAGUGUAGUGUACACUAGUGUACACUACUGGAGAGGGCGAUCCUAAAGGGGUA